AUGGCUCUUCUGCAGCUCCAAAGAGCAUGUGAGCGCUUCCGGUCACACUUGUCGGACGAGGAGACGCGGCGAGUGGAAAACGUCAAGAGUGUGGAAGAUGUUCGCGAGGCUAUCACUCAAAUGGAGCGCUAUCUCGCCUCCCGUCAAAAGUUACGAAAUUUCGAACGGCUCGUACCUUUUCUCGACGCAGCUGAUCGUUUGACAAAACCCAUCGACGUCCUAUCUAAUGGCGUUCCGUUCCUGCCUUACAUAUGGGCACCUCUGAAGCUCAUUCUCCAAAUAUCUCAAGACCACACGCAUGCAUUGGAUGAGAUUCUCUCUGCUUAUAGUCGGAUUGGGGCCUCACUUCCGCGUUUCUCUCGAUACGGCAAUGCGUUCCCGGACAGCCACGACUUCCAGCAACUGCUGGGCCACAUUUACGAGGACAUUAUCGACUUCCACUGCCAUGCUUACCGACUGGUACAAAAGCCGGAUAGGGAGGCAGCUUCCUAUGAGAUAGUCCAAGCUAGAGAAUGGCGGCAAAAGCUUAUGGAGGACGCGCAAGAUCGAGAAAAGAAAGAACAGAUUCACCAGCGCGAAGCUGUCAACAAGUGGCUUCAAGUGAGCGACAGAAACGAGGAAAAGCUUGAGCGCCUUCACAACCGUUGUCUCGAUGGAACAUCUCAAUGGGUGACUAAGUCGCCCCAGGUUCGAUCUUGGCUCCAAAAGGGCAGAGGAAAGCCGGUCUUGUGGCUUCAUGGAAAGCCUGGCUCUGGCUACGGGGUAACCGUACAGGUCUUACGGAGCAUAUGUGCCCAGAUUCUAGACCUUGUUCCGGAGACGGCAUCGUUCAUGUACAAAGAGUGUGUCGUUUCUGGAAAAACACCUUCAACAUCAUUUCUCAAAGAGUUUGUCCCAAAACUUUUUGGGUUCUUCGAAGACUUGCGCCUGAUCAUCGAUGGAAUCGAUGAGAUUGGGUCAUCGGAACAUGGAGAACUGAUCAAGACCCUGGCAAAGCUGGCAGAGACGCAGGGAAACUUCAGGUUGCUCAUAUCUAGCCAGGAUAUACCGAGCAUAGCGAGGAACCUGAAGGGCAGACCAACACUGAUAGUUGGGAAGCAGUCUGCGUCUGUUUGUAAGGAUAUUGGCUUGAUUGUCUCAAGCCGCCUGGAAGCCAUCAAUGAAGGGCUAGAUGGUCGAGUCCCCGAAUCGGUGUUCACUGAAAUUCGGGAAACAAUCCUCAAAAGAGCAGAAGAGGACGGUCCAGGUGCAACCAUGGUGUUCAUCCACGCCACAGUACCCAAUGGGCCGUUCAUCAACAAGGAAGAUUCUUGCCGAGAUAUCACAACUGCCUGUAUUGCGCAGUUGACACAGAGCUUGGCUCUGGCCGACGAGGCCUUGGAACUCCAGCAGCAUCUUUAUUGUGUUGCACAGGGUUUCUACGGACUCCUUCCCUACGCUGAUGAAUACUGGAUUGAGCACCUACUGGAGUACCUUGAGCUCAGUCAAGGGUUCUGCACACCCGAUUCUUCGAGAAUACAAGGACAACUCAAGGCGCUUGCUAGAAAUUGGAUCGACCUUGUGGGAGAAGAGUCCACGCGAAUCUCCAAUGCGGAAAGCCCCGAUUCUCGAUUGCAUUGGUUCGAAAGCCUCCCCUCAACGAGAGCACUAAUUCAGGAAGCCCUCGAACUCCGCAAAGCAACAAAGGAGUCGGUUGUUUCUCAGCAGAGUCCUCAAGAAACAUCGGACUACAAAAGCUCAGUAGCAUCCGCGCCUUCCCCAUCGCCUGCGUCAACGCCCGCUGCAGUCCAGCAGGCACCCCAGGCGAUGCAGCUGCCUGAGAUGGAGGGAGGGUUCCUGUCCAAGCCGCAGUUGGGGGAUCCAAUCAGCCGACAGGUGCAGGACGCUGCGCAGCAGCAGCAAAUACUGCCAGGAGUAGGAAGCCGGGCUGCUCCCGCGAAACCUGCUCACCAGAGACUGAUGGAUGAUAUGGAACUUAAGGAAACCCUUAUUAAUACAUUCAGAGCUCAAUUUGAUGCCCCUCCCGAAGUUCGGAAGUGGAAAGACGUUUGGCAGUGGCUUGAAAUACAUCCCAUUCAGCCCCAGAUGCAACAGCAGCUUGAGAGGAUCCAGGCUUCGGAGUUCUCGACACGUAUGCAACAGGAACAGGAACAGAACCGGCAACAACUGCUGCAGCGCCCGCCGCAACCGCAGCAGAAUGGCAUGCCUCUGAACAUGUCUCCUUAUCAGGAUCCUCCAAUUCAAGUGACGCCAAGCGACAAUGAAUACCUUUCCUACUGA